UCCCCGCCUCGCCGCGCGCCAUUCCCCGCCGCGUCCGGUCAUGGCGGGCCUGGUCCCGCGCCCCGCCAAGGGCUACCGGGUGGUGCUGCUGGGCAGCGUGGCCGUGGGCAAGACGGCGCUGGCCACGCAGUUCGCGUGCGGCCGCUUCCCCGAGCAGUGCGAGCCGUCGGUGGAGGAGCUCUUCAGCAAGGUGAUCGAGGUGAACGCGGCGCCCGCGCUGCUGGAGAUCGUGGACACGGUGGGCGCCGAGCACCUGGUCACCCUCAAGGACCUGUACAUCAGGAACAGCGACGGCUUCGUGGUGCUCUACAGCGUGUGCAACGAGGCCUCGUUCGAGGCGGUGCGGCCGCUGCGCGAGCGCAUGGGCCGGCUGCGGGGGCCCAAGGCCGUCCCGCUGGUGCUGGUGGGCACCAAGGCCGACCUGGACGCCGAGCGCCGGGUGCUGACGGCGCAGGGCCGCGCGCUGGCCCGCGAGUGGCGCUGCCCGUUCCUGGAGGUCACGGCCAAGAGCAAACUGAUGGUGGACCGGGUGUUCACGCAGGUGGUGCGCGAGAUGGAGGCCCUGGCCCCGCCCGAGGAAGAGGUCCCGCGGGUCCCCACCAACGCCCAGGAUACGUGGCCAUCGGAAAGAUUCAUCGGCUAACAUGCGACGGUUGAUGUUUCACGUGCUCCUCUCUUGUGAUUUCUGAAGCUAUUUCUGCUCUGCCUUUUUAAAGAAAGUUACCCAGACGUAAACAGUUGGUGACUUUUGUAUGUUAACUCAAACCAGUGCUUCAAGCUGUCUACAGAUCUUUCUUCAAUUAUUUGGUGAAAACUUUGCAACUUUGUUUACCUUUGACAGUACUAUAAAAAGAAGCCAAAAAUCGCAUUUUUUUUUUCUUGUAUGGAGAGAGUACUGCCCUUUUCUUCAAGUGGAACUUGUUCCAGGGCUUUUUUUAUAAUUAACACCUUCUGAGUUAGUUGCAGCCAAUAUUUGAAUUAAUUGAGGAUUGUAACCUAAAGAGUUUAAGCUUUGAUUCCAUGAGGUUUUUGUGUUUCCCUCUCUUUUAUAGCAUUGAAUUGCAGCAGUAAUAUUUUCCUCUCUGUAUUUCUAAAUAUAGUUAUGACAUACAUAGCAUUGGUUUGAAAGGGAUAUUGUAUACCCUGGGAGGGGAAAAAACAACUGUGUACUCACACAAAGAUAGCCCCGCUCUUUCUUUUUAUAAUUGACAUCUAGUCGAUUUCUGUGUCUGUUAAUUGUGUGAAAAUAAAAUUACAAGUUUAAAAUUUUUA